GGAAUCGUUCACUCACUGACGUGUUCGCUUCCACUGAACUCUUACAAACCCCUUUUUUCAGAACAUUACAAGGCUAAAAAUAGAUGAAACAUUGUCGCAGGCGUGUUGAGUCGUGAAAAUUCUGUCUGGUUUGGGAUUUGGACGGCGUAAAAAAGUGGAGUGAUUAGUGAAAUGCGCGCGCAUGCUAACGGCGGGUUGCAAAAGUCGCGUGGACUUUGUACGAUUACAACGUACAUCUUCUUAUUAAUGAUCACACUCUGUUGACACUACGUGAGUAGUAUGGAAACCUCUUUGGUAGAGAAGGUGUUUCUCUUCGGCCUUAACGUUGCCGGUUGGUUGUGGGGUAUUGUGAGCUUUUUACCGUGGUAUUAUUUUGUCGGUAGAAAGCAGUAUCGACCCAAACAUAAUGUACAAGCUUUACCAGUUAAAGAUUGUCCCGGUGGACCAUAUCGAUGUGUAGAACAUCUCAGCUCUUUGAAGACUUCUCUCUACGAUGGUGUCACAACUUUGGAUCAGAUGUUCAAGUGAGUAACAAUUCGAAGUUUUGAUUUGAGGAAAAAAUGUAAUUUGUGUUACGCGAGCCUGAAAUUGUCGAGUAUGAGUGUAAAUUACGAUGGCUCAGUAUUGUGAAAACAAAAUUUCCCGUUCGAUGUAAAUACAUGCGACCAAAAGCAUGGCAGAGGUUUUAGAUUUCAGUUCAAUAGGUCAACAUUUUGUACCGCGGUUUUGAAAAGAUGUAUCUUGAAAUUUUAUGUGUCUCGAAAAUUACAAUUUUUCUUGAGAACUGAAACCUGUUUCGAGUUAAUUUUCGAGUUUUGGAACUUGAAUGUCUAUGUCUGAUGUUAAUUUCUCAUGGCCUCUAUCACUUGGUACAUAGUACACCUAGCAAGGCCAUUCAAGGUUACCGUAGAUUCUAACUAUAUUGAUCAAAGAUCAAAGGUUAUUUUUACAUUUUGUCGACAUCGUGUGUUCAUAGUGUUUCGGUAACAGGCAUAAAACACGUAGCAUGGACAAAUCCUAGAUUGUUGCAUGCCCAAGUCAAGUGUGUUUUUUUGUGUGAUUUUUUUGUUACGAACAUUGUGCCAAGAUAUUUACUUUGCCAUUUGUCUUAUGAUAUUGAUAUUCCUUUGAAGUAUCGCGAUACUAGAAUAAAACAAAUUUAAGCUGUUUUGCGAGUCGGUGGGGUCGGAUAUACCAAUUUUAAUUAGUCUUGUCUUGUCGAGUUUUAAAUUUAAGGACUGGAUUUGUUGGAAAAGCACUUAACCACGUAUGGGGAUAGGAAGUUAAUUCCUUGUGGAAAAUUCAAAAUUAUUGUAUCCAUGACUGCACUUGUAUAGAAAGCAACGAGAAGAGAUCUUUCUCUGAAGAUUUAUAUGAAUAUCAUUUCUCAGACUUACGGAGAUCUCGCAUGAUUUACCAGACACAAUAUCCGUGAUUGUGUACAAGAUUUCAACAUUUCGCUGUAAGUCAUUCACGCCAAAUUAUUCAUCUUUCAUCCCCUGGGUUGGCAAUGUUACGUGAAUCGUUUGUUGUCAAUGGCGAACUGUUAAGACUGCAAAGCAUUAAAAACUGAGACAAAUUCCUGUUGAUUGUUAAUUUGUCUGAGACUUACUCAAAAUAAAUCAUUUAUCCUAUAAUCCUUCAGCUGGGAAAUACUUACGAAUUAUCUUUGUAAAUGAUAAGCUGACCAAGAAACAGCAAUGUGCUUGUUGUCUACAUGUUUGAAGUUUGAAAGCUUCAUAGAACUUUCUAGUCCUUUCAGAGCUCAUUGCAAGGUUUUUCUUUUAUUCUAUCUUGUGAUACAAAUAUAUUGCAAUGUGGCCCACAAAAAUUCCCUCCAAUGUGACUGGCAUACAAUACAGUUUUGCUUUCAUCACAUGCAAUCUAGAUAUUAACCUUCCAUAAUUUGUUCCAUGUAACUGUCAAUUUUGGCUGUCAUCAAAUACUAUACUCUCUAGCCAGAAAACUACUAAACUCCCAUGAUUGUGUCAUAUAUAGAUUCUCUUUGAUAUGCCACUCUUUUCCUUUUUAAUUAGAUGAGUAAAGAUUUGUGGUGAGAUCAAGAAAGCAUUAGUCUGGUCAUAUUUCUAUCAGGAUCAUGUUUCUCCAUACUAAAGGCAUAAAGGAUUGGAGAAUUCUCUUGAUAAUCUGCAGAAUACUUUUGCUAAAUUUGAAUAGUUAGGCUAUUCUUUAUUCCGACAUGAGGAUAUUCUCCUGUCAAUUUACGAUAUUCUCCUGCUGGUGCAAUUCUUACUGAAAACCCUGUGCAUAAGGACAUAGUAUGUGUGUUCUGGAAUUCAAAGUGACAAUCACUGAGAGAGGAGUGUUGUAAUUUACUGAAGGCUUUGUAAAUGUAAAAUUUCAAACAAUCUUAUCCUCUAACAUCAACGCUACGUUAAAUCUUAAUUUAGGAUUCCCACUUCGUUAAUUUAUGGAUGGGUUUUCUCAACAAAUAAAUAUAGGAGAAAAGGUGUUUAUAUAAUUAAAAACUAAUAAAAACUGUAAUUAUUUAAGUAGAAUAAUUUACACUCUAAAAACUUAACCAUGUAAAUCCAUUCCCAAGAUGGUCGUUUUAAAUUUGACAAAAAUGUUAAGCUUUCCGACCAAUAUGUUCAGGUAAUUCUAAUCGUUGGCCAUGAAGUUUGAGGAGGUCUAGGGGCAUCAGCUCCUGUCAGAGGCGGUUUAAACAUGUCUAGCACGUGGUGUCUUCUCCUCUCCCCCGUUAGUGUCUUUAUUUGUAUUCACGUGUGGCAUGCAUGUUUCGAUAAUUUAGUGAGUCAUAUCCACAAGUUUGAACUUAACAUUGGAAUUUGACUUAGAAACUCAAUGUGUCACUUUGUUUGUUUUGUUUUGGAAUUAAAACCUCUUGAAGUCUUCAUUCGAGGCCAAAUGUGUGUCAUUUAAGAAGUCUAUUGCAACUUUAACUGUGGUGUUGGACUCUAGCCACCUUUAUAGAUUGAAGAGUGUUGUCAAACAGGCCUUACCAGUAUAAGUCAAUUUUCCAGAAUUUUCCUACUUUUUCCACAUGAUUUAGUGACUAUUUCAGGUGAAUUCCCAGAUAAUUCUUGGUUUUUGCUAAGUAGCUUCUUAAAGGGAUUAUUAUUUUAAUGACAACCUAAAGAAACCUUUUUCUUGCAAGUUUCCAUGAAAUAGGUAUAGAGUUGAACUGCUUAGAGAAAUGAGCUUUUUGUGUAAAUUAUUGAAGGAAAAAAAAAACCAGAAAAUUUGGUUGUUUGUACAAGGCAUAGUUUUGUAGAUAUUGAAACUUAGAUGAUUGGACACAUUACUAGUUAAAUGCUUAUAAUUUUUUUUUUGUCUAAAGCUGGGAGAUAUAUUGCCUCUAAUGGUGGAGGAUGAAAGCAAGAAAUUCUGUACUAUCAUUGUAUCUAAAAGCACUGAACUCAUAUAUGGACUUUUUGUCUUUCAGGCGAGCUGUAAACUUAUAUCCAUACAGAAAAUGUCUUGGAACGCGAGAAAUAAUCAAGGAAGAAGAUGAGAUGCAACCAAAUGGACGUGUGUUCAAGAAACUUGUGUGUGGUGAAUACAGCUGGCUGACAUAUGCUGAAGUUGAUGUCAGAGCUAGAGCAUUUGGAAAAGGAUUGGCUGCUCUAGGGCAGCAAGUCAGGGAAAAUAUUGUGAUAUUUUCUGAAACAAAGGCUGACUGGAUGAUUGCUGCACAGGGAUGCUUUGCUCAAAAUUUUCCACGUAGGUUUUUUACAUCUUCCUCCAUUUUUUAGCUCUUGAAGUAAACAUUCAAGCAGCUUUGUCUCUUUAUUUUGUUUUUUCCUUCUGAGUAGUUGAAAAUUGAAAGGAAUCUUUGUUUAUAAUGGUUUGCUUGGGUAGACAAACACCAAGGAAAAACGUAAGGAUGAUUCACCCUUUAAAACCUAAGAUCUGAUUGUUAAUUCUCCUUUCCAGCUUCCAGACGCUUACUUUUAAGUUAGUUAGAAGAAUUUGGUGUUAGAUCAAGAUAAAAACUUAAACCUGAUCUUGUUUUACAAUCAAAACUUCCUUAGUUGAUGAUCAUUUCCUUUAUUUUCUAUGACCUAAAUGUUUGAUUCAGCAGUUGUACUGUACAGAGAAGUUAGAUGUCAGUCACCCCUAAGAAUGAAAGGGCUAAUAAUGAACUUUUACAUCCUUGUCCUUUAUUUUUAGUUGUUACAGUUUAUGCCACACUUGGGGACGAAGCUCUCAUCCAUGGCAUCAACGAAACAGAUGUAAGAUUUAUCAUCACAGAUGCUUCUCUGCUUCACAAGCUCUCGGCUCUCAUUGAUAGGCUACCCAAAGUUGAGCACAUUGUGUACCUUGGAAAUGUUGUAAAGAAAUCUGCCCUUCUAGGUUUUUCCAGGAGAGUAAAGGUCCACUCCAUGCAUGAAGUGGAAGAGAUUGGAGAGUCACAAGAUGAUAGUAAGUAUGAAACUUUUGACUGAAAAAAAUUGCAUGUUUAUCACAUGUAUGCCAUAUGCACUGCUACAAUAGCACUUGUGAUGGUCAUCAACUCUUUAUUCAUACAUGCCUCAACUCACAAGUUGAUGGUAUGAUUGAUACAAAAUUUGCAAGACAUCAUCCAUUCCUUGUCCCUAGGCAAAAAGAAAUGCAGCAACAAAAAUCAGCCUGUUUCACUUGCCAAAGCAGAUCUAAUCCCUUUAGUUAAUGGAAAAAACUCACAAGUAUGGGCUUUCUCACUAAUACAGAGGUUUCAAUAACUUGUUCCAUAUGUGGCUGCUGGUGGUGUUAUGGGUGGCUGUGUCGUAAGGCAAAACCAAAACACAAGACCCUGCUAGCAGGCUAAACAGACAGUGGUGAGAGGUGGUGUUAGACUGCUAAUAAGAGGCUUUUAUUGACACCUUUGCUAAUACUACUUCAAAUUCACUUUAUUCACAGUUAGUUAACUUAAGGCAAAGUUGGCUACAUGUAUAGUAUACUCUGUUAUGCAGAGUAUGUAUGUGUAAAUGUAAUAUUUCUCUCGCUCAUCAUUGCAACUAAACAUGGUUUUGGUUCUGAGGCAUUUGACAGGAACUCUACAUUUUCUAAACACUGCAACCUUAUUUAGCAUCAGUAAGGAAAUAAUUAUAAACAUAGAGGGGGACUGGAACACCAAUUUGGUACCAGCAGGAAUAGUAUUAAAAUAAUUUGUAAGGCUUACCUGUCAACUGAGAAUGAUGAUUGUACAUUUGUCAUUAUCUCGUAGCAUCCAUGAUCAGGAAAGGUCCGAGCCCUAGUGAUGUUGCAGUUAUAAUGUACACAAGUGGUUCAACAGGACUUCCUAAAGGUGGGUUUGCUGUCAGGGCUGAUACUGAACUAUAAAACAUCUUUUCAUUUUAGACGUUAUAAUGAAAAAUAACAUAGAAGAGAUUUAAUUAGAUUUAUAUUGAAAACACUUUGAGUGUCAAGACCUUAUGAUAAUUUGUUUGUUUUCCUGAGUUUUACUUUUAAGUUGUCAGUGAAAGAUAUUUGUGGUAAAUGUACUGCUAUCAGGCGAGAAGUUAUUUGCCAAUGUGAUUUUGAAUGUUAAUGUGAUCUAUAGGUUACAUUGUAUUUUAUGUAACUUAGUCAUCCUUUUUCACAUGUACAAAAAAAAACGGUUGCCACAGACAACAUUGAAUCUAGGUAACAGAGCAUGUGGUUAUUUUCUCUGGUAGGUGUCAUCAUUCCUCACAGUGCACUAAUGGCUGCUAUUGCUGGUGUUAUUGGUAGAGUGCAGCCAUCUUUGAGGUACUGAAGGCCAGGGUGUUUUUACUUCAUCGUAUUAUUACUGGACUGGUUUAAUAGUGACUUGAUGAUCGGUAAAAUUGAUCAGAACAACACAAUUAAGCUUCUACAAAGUAUGAGAAAGUUCAGGUUUCAAAUGCAGAGUAUGAUUCUUUCCAAGGCAAAAAAGAAUAAAAUGUAGGAUGAACUUGGCUUGCCCUUUUGCAAAUGGUUUGUUAUGUUGUGUAAUGAAUUUUAUUUUAUUUUAUUUGUCCCAGUGAAAAAGAUAUCUAUGUUGGUUAUCUUCCAUUAGCACAUGUCCUAGAACUACUGGCAGGUAAUAAUUACAGACAAGUUAUUUAUUGUACCUAAUAUGCAACAUGUUGUGUGCAUCUGCAAGAAGAGAUUUGCUUAGUUCCUUUAUUUCUGUCUUUUGACUUGUUUGUUGUUGUUACUGUUAUGUUUUUUUGUGUGAUGUUUUUUGUUAUGAAAACAGUCAAAACUUGUUGUUAAUGAUCAAGGACUGAUGUUGGCAUUAUUCCUUUUUUUUACAUUGUAGAAAAUGCAGUACUUGCUCAUGGGGCCUCUAUAGGAUAUUCCACUACUCUCACUCUCUCUGAUCAGGUAAAUCAUUUAUGUUUCCUUUUUUCCUUCCUAAUUGCAAGGCACUUGGAAUGCAGUGCAUCUUAAUGAUAACAAAAUACACAGAAAACCACAACUUUGUGUUUUUUUUUCUGAAAUUUCAGUUCUCUGUUCAUUGAGUAUCUUAAUUUUCAGAUACCUUUCCUUGAAAGGUAUGGAACGAAAAUUACCAAAUUGUGACAAGAAAUUUCAACUUAUUUUUAAGCCUUAUUAGGUGGUGUUUGAAACAAUUUGGUUGUUAUUGUGCUGAAAUUUUAUUUCUUUAUCUGUAGUCAUCUAAAAUCAAGAAAGGAACAAAAGGAGAUUUAUCAGUUCUUAGACCAACUGUAAUGGCUGCAGUUCCAACAGUCAUGGAUAGGAUAAGGCAAAAUGUCAUGGAGAAGGUCAAAGAGGGUCCUCGUCUUCUGCAGCUGUUUUUCUCAUUUGCUUACAGCUACAAGUUGAAGCAGCUUAAACUUGGCUAUGAUACACCUAUUCUUAACAGGUAAAUUUUGCCGAGUGAUGGACAUAACCAUAAUUAUGGUAAAAAUGAGUAAUGUUUGAUGACUGGAAAUAUAUGAAAAUUAUAUGUGCACUGCGGUGAAGAAAUGAGAUAUAAGCAAUCCUUGCAGCUAUGAACACUACUGAACUAGUAGAUUAAAUGAGACCUGAAAAAAAUUCAGGCCUGUAAAAAAUUUCAAAUCCUGUACGGGCCUGAAUUUCUUUCAGGUCUCAUUUCAACUACUAUUUCAGUAGUUUUCAUAGUUGCAAGGAUCGCUUAUAUCUCAUGAGUAAUAUUUGUUAGGGGAGACUGAGGUUUACACAGUCUUUGAGAACUACAGUAUGUGAAUACAUAGGAAAAGUUUUGGAUAACUGGUGGGAAGGGGAAGGUUUUUCCUAGCUGUAACAAGUGGUUAAUUAUGUACUUGGUAUGAGUUUUAUUAAUUCUACAAGACUCCAGCUAAACUUUGACUUCAGUUAAACGGGAAAGAGAUCAUUUCCAUCGUAAAAAGCGGUGAUAUAAAUUUUGAUUCGUUUAGUGAUACGAAUUUCAACACCAGAUGAUGUGAUCUUUAUUAAGCCUGUCUCUCCUUGAAACUAUCUGUCAGAGGAGUUAAAAAGAAUCGGUUAGGGUGGGGCCCCAGAGGAAUUAACAUGAUGUAAGUAAAGGGACUUCAAAUAAUAUUCAAAAUCAGUUGUGAUAAAGUUCUUCCCAAUCGUGUUUGCGGUUGAGAUAUUUCCUAAUCGUGUUUCACGGAUGGAUGGAGCAGUUGUGAGUUUUUUCACUUCUCAAUACUGUUGCCCAGCUUUGAUUCACAGAGGUUAUGGGAAAGGUUUUGUGCUGUUUCCCUGACUCUCUCCAUGACAUCAGUCCCUAUGUGUUUCUCCAGAUUCAUUUUCUCCAAGAUGCGAAAUCUACUAGGGGGUCGUGUGCGCCAGAUCAUUAGUGGUGGAGCCCCUUUGUCCGAGGACACCGAGUUCUUUAUGAAUGUGUGCUUCUGUUGUCCUGUUGGUCAGGGGUAUGGUCUCACUGAGGUGUGUGGAGCAGGAACUGUUUGCAAUGGUAAGUAAUCUGAAAGGUCGUGAAUAGAUUGAGGAAGAUAGUAACUUGUGUCUGUUGUUCAGAUCAAGGAAGAUUUUAUUUGAUGCAACUGUGGGAUGAUUAAAGAAAAAGACUAUCCUGAAGCUCAAGAACUUUGCAUCUUUCUUAGUCGAUUUACACACAUAACGCUUAGUUGACAUUUCUGUUGGUUGGUUGGUUGGUUGGUUGGUUGGUUGAUUGAUUGAUUGGUUGGUUGAUUGAUUGAUUGAUUGAUUGAUUAAUUGUAGCAUGGGACAAGACAACUGGUCGUGUUGGGCCUCCUGUGUCUUCAGCCCAAAUCAAGCUUGUUAACUGGGAGGAAGGUGAGUUGUAAACUGAAAAUGUCGCGAAUUUCUUCACUUUUGCAUGAAAAGAAGACAUGGCCAGCGCAUGCGCUCACCUUACUUCAAGACGUCGAAUACCACAAAUUUUGAGUUCAACAAACUGAGGUUCAACAUGAUCAUGACGACAUUUGAUCAACAGCCGAUCAGAUGUAAAGCCUAAACCCACCGCUUCGUCACUCGCGUUCUUAGCGUUUAGGACCGUGUGGUUUUCCCUCUUUCUUUUAAGGGCACCCUGUCAUAAUUCUUUUUCAUCCGACUGGUUUUGUGAUCAUUUUGGUUUUGAUUUAACGUCUCUCAAUCGAAUUGCACUUAAAAAUCCUUGACCCUUUUUAGAUUUGAAUCGCAAGGUCACACUAGAUAAUGAAAACAAUCGUUAACCCUGUAACCCCUAAGAGAGACAAUGUCACCCCUGAAUCACACACUAAGGUCAUGAGAAUAAUGGAGGUGAUCAACAACUACAGAAGCUCUAGAUCGUUAAGCUAAUUCUCCUUGUCAGCACCUUAAGUUAUGUAUAGAACACAGUAUGAAGAUUAUGCAUACUGACGUAAAGGGUUAACUUAACACUAUUUACAUUGUGAAGGUAAUUACAACGUCACGGAUAAACCUUACCCCAGAGGAGAGAUUGUUAUUGGCGGUCCAGUUGUGAACCGUGGUUACUUCAAAAAUCCAACGAAAACGGCUGAAGACUUCAAAGAAGACAGAGACGGUAUGCGAUGGUUCCAUACUGGUGAUAUCGGAGAGUUCCAUCCUGAUGGAUGUCUGAAAAUCAUAGGUGAGGAAUCAGUGUUUGAUGACAAAUGACAAACUUGAAAAACUUCAGGCUAAAGUUUUCAUUUCAUUGUUUCUUUUCCCAUCCAGAUCGCAAGAAAGAUCUUGUAAAGCUGCAGAUUGGAGAGUACGUGUCUCUCGGCAAAGUAGAAGCAGCACUUGCGCAAAGUCAGUAUGUGGAAGCUUUGUGUGUGUAUGCAGAGAGCUGUCAAACCUUUGUGGUGUGCUUGGUGGUGCCACGCCCUAAACAGCUCAAGGCCCUAGCAGUGUCGCUCGGCGUGCAUACUGAUGACAUGGCUGAACAGUGCAGAAAUAGAGCCAUCCAGGAUGCAGUCCUCAACGAUCUGCAGGCUCUCGGCAAAGCUUGUAAGUCACUUGAAUUAAGAGCGCGCACACGUCCCGGUAGAAAGUUGAGAAAAUUUCAGGUCGCUAAACACAACGCCAUAAGUCGCAAGGAAAUAUCACAGCAAUAAUUCGCUUUGUGUGGCAUGGAGAUUUCUGUUUAGUCCUAGCGACAGAAUCUUUUCCCCGCAGAAGCCACGCAACUGUUAAUUACAGAGGAACCUCUCCGUUCUGGGAACACAAACUUUGGUCUCGGAUAAAUGUUCAUGUUGUCUUUGUAUCUGUUUCCUCUGUUGAAGGGAAACCACCAUUAAAGGGACUCUCGCCCUGGUCCCAAGAGCGCACCGUAAAUGGAGUUUCCACUGUACUUUGAAAAUUUGAAAUGAUCGCAGAGGCUUGUGGUGAAGUCGGUAGUACAUACCAAGCGUACUGUCAAAAAGGGCUGUCCACUUGUGUUUCCCGGCCUCAUUGGUUACAAAGUGGUGCUCUUCCUAACAUGCAUUCAAGGAAGGAAACCCGUUUCAAACGGUUCAGGUGUAUAAGGUGACACGUUACUUCUCUCUUUCUUGCAGUGCGUCUUGAGAAGUUCGAGAUCCCUCAGCGGUUGACCCUUGUCACGGAACAGUGGACCCCUGACACCGUUUUUGUUACCGCUGCCAUGAAGCUCAGACGGAAACAAAUCACAUCGUACUACAGGCAGACACUGGAUGCGAUGUACAGCAAUUGAACGAGGUCUUGAAGCUUCUCGGUAGAACUCCUGGCAACCGGCGAGAAAUCUAUUCUAUGUUCUCAAGAGGGAAAACGGUCACUAUUCAUUUCUUUGCUUUCAAAUAACUGGAUCGUCCUGUUACCGAAAAUCUAUUCAUUUUACCGAUUGGUUGAUUCCAUUCUCGAAAAAAAAUUCAGAAACCUUGAAAAGAUUGUGCGAGCCAUUUCAUAUCGAUGACGGCAGAAUGCAGCAGUUCGAUAUUGCUGGUAUUGCCUGAUUGAAAAGAAAACAAAUCAGAGAUAUUUUAUCCCGGGACAGUUACUGCUCAAAAUGUCGUUUUUCUUUUUAACAUAAGAGCUUUUAAUUGGAGAAGAUAUUUGUGUGCUUAAUAAUUUUACGUGCAUCUUGUCAGGAAUCUGAUACAAACCAAGUUUGGUUAUUGGUGUGCAUGGAACUGGUUUCUGUGACUGUGCAUAUCCUGUUGGCUUACUCAAAUACUGGCAAGGACGUUCUCGCU